CCGCAAAAUGCCGCCUCUGACAGAGACGGUAAACAACCCCACACCGCUCUGGAGUCCCACAAAGAGAGAAUCCCAUCAGAGUUUCUCUCGUCGAUUUCCGCUAUCUUACGAAUACGCGGCACGCCGUUUGCGUUGCUCCUUUGUUAUGCGUGUCCAAAAACAGUGUCACUCCCCCACUCUUUCUCUCAUUUAUAUAACACCGGCCCGCCACCAUUUUCCAUCCACAUCCACAGCAAACACGCAAAUAACGCAUACAUCGAUCAAAUAUAUUAAAAGAAUAAAAAGGGAAGGGUUACCUGAAGAGCCGAUCGAGAUGGCGAUGAUAAGGUCACUGGCAGUGAAAUUGACGACGGUCACCCUCUUCUCCCUCGUCUUUCUCUCAGCGUACGGUUAUGACGGGAUGGUGGGAGGGAGGACGGAGGUAAAAGACGUGAAGACGAACGAGGAGGUGCAAGAGCUGGGGAGGUUCUCGGUGCAUGAGUACAACCGGAGCCUGUGGCACCGAGGCAACGGCGACGGCGGCCGGGAGCUGACGUUUGUGGAGGUGGUGGAGGCGCAGAGUCAGGUGGUGUCGGGGAUCAAAUACUACCUGAAAAUAUCGGCCACGCAGAAUGGGGCGACGAAGAUCUUCGAGUCCGUGGUGGUUGUGAAGCCCUGGGUUCACUCCAAAGAGCUGCUCAACUUUGGGCCAUCCACGUCCAGUGAACGAAAAAUUGUUCCUAUUAGGUUCUAAAGUUUGGGUUGGAAUGGUCUCUCACUUGGUGUGGUGUAGUCUUUGACUCUUUUCUGAUGUUUUUUUUUUUUUUUUUUAAGGUGGUGUGGUGUAAGCGUGUGUAAUUUAUGUUUUGCACAUGUAAUCAGCAUUAAUAAAUGCAUAAUAAAGGUUUCUUCAAACAAACAAAAAUGCAUAAUAAAGGUGGUUU